CUCGUGUCCAGUUCCUUUGUGAUAACCUGGUUUUUGUUUUGUACGAUUUUUUAAUUAACUGUAAUAAUUUCCCACAUUUUACAUUUAUAAACUAAAGAUUAUGUUCACGGGAUUGGUGUGUUUCACGCACUCCCUCUACAACCUUGAAGAUCCAUCAAACAAUGCUCAUGCCAGACUGUUUCUCGAGAAACAAAGACAUUGUGAUUUACAUCAUACUCUUCAAAACACUUGAUCCCAAGCUUCUGUCUGUCAUCCAGUGACUAUAGAUUUGGUUACAAUUAGGUUCCAUCAAAACAUUGAUAGAAAAAGUACUGUUCAAAACGUUAACUCCAGGCUCCUGUAUGAAAAAGAAUAUGCCUUACUGUGAUUGUGUUAACAGAUUUUUCGACAACUAUAGAUUUGGUUACAAUUAGGUUCCAUCAAAACAUUGAUAGACAUUUUUCUGUUCAAGGUGUUGACUCAAAGCUCGUCUGGGAAAAAAAGGAAUAUGUCAUUCAGUAAUGAUAGAUUUGACAAGGUGGCCCCAUCAAAACAUUGAUAGAGAAUAUACUGUUCAAAACGUUCACUAGAGGCUCCCAUCGAAAAAGGAAUAUGUCAUUCAGCGUCGACAAUGAGGUCACAUCAAAACAUUGUAAAAACAGUUCUGAUCUGGAAAUCGACCGGCCGCCUACACCGGAACAUUCUUUUGAAAAACCUUUUCAAUGUGGGAUGUGUUUAAAGUGUUUCUCGUGCAACAGUAAGAUAAAGCAGCAUAUGAGGAUCCACACUGGUGAACGACCAUAUCAGUGUGAGGUGUGCAGAAAGUCUUUUCGUCUGAGAGAUUACUUGAGGAAACAUAUGCUGGUCCACACCGGUGUUAAAGACUUCAGAUGUGAUGUGUGUGCCAGAUGUUUCUCUCAUCGUUUCAGCCUGCAGCUGCAUAUCUUGGUUCACACUGGAGCUAAGCCGUUUACAUGUGGAAUGUGUGCCAAGUGUUUCUUACGUAGCAACGACCUGAAGAUACACAUGUUGAAGCACACUGGUUUUAAGCCCUUUACGUGCGAUGCUUGUGGAAAAUGUUUCUCACGCAAAACCCACAUGAAGGAGCAUAUGUCAACACACACUGACGACAGGAAUUUCAAAUGUGAGGUGUGUGCAAAGAGUUUCUCUCAUAACAACACCUUGAAGAAACAUAUGUCGAUUCACGCUGAGGUGAAACCCUUUAAAUGCGAGGUGUGUGCAAAACGUUUCUCUUUAAAUUCCUAUUUAAAAAAACAUAUGGUCAUUCACACCAAUGUUAAGCCGUUCGCGUGUGAGCUGUGUGAAAAGCGAUUCUCUCAGAAGACACUCCUAACAAGACACCUUUUCGUUCACUCGGGUGUUAAACCUUUCAAGUGUGAGGUGUGUGAUAAAUGUUUUUCCCGCAGUACCCACCUGACACAGCACACGCUGGUUCAUACUGAUGUUAAACCUUUCAUUUGUGGCACGUGUGCAAAAUGUUUCUCUCAGUGUAAGCAGUUGAAACAUCACAUGUUGAUUCAUACUGGUGAGAAAGCUUUAAAAUGUUGAAAGUGCUCAGAAUAUUUUAAGACAACACGAGCUUGAAUCACCACCUGUCCAAUUAUACUAUUGUGAAACGUUUAAAAUGUUGAAAGUGCUCAGAAUGUUUUAACAGACAGAACCAGCUUCAUUCACAACCUGUCCGUUUACUCUGUUGAAAAACAUUCGAAAAGUUGAAAGUGCACAGAAUGUUUUAACAAACAACACCUGCCUGAAGCACCACGUCCAUUGAUUCUGUUGAGAAACCUUUCAAAUGUUGAAAGUGCUCAGAAUGUUUUAACAGACAACAUCUGCUUGAAGCACCACAUAUUUGUUGAAACUGUUGAGAAACAUUUAAAAUGUUGAAAAUGCACGGAAUGUUUUAACAGACGAAUCGAGCUUUGAAGCUCCACAUCCGUUGAUUCUGUUGAGAAACAUUUAAAAUGUUAAAAAGUGCACAUAAUGCUUUAACAGACAAAACCAGCUUGAAGCACCACAUAUCUUUCCAUACUUUUGAGAAACCUAUACAAUGUUGAAAGUGCACAGUAUGUUUUAACAGACAAUACCAGUUUAACGCACCACAUAUUCGUUGAAACAGUUGAGAAACCUUUAACAUGUUAAAAGUGCACAGAAUGUUUUAACAGACAACACCCGCUUGACACAUCACAAAUCAGUUCAUACAAAUGACAGUGUUAUAUGAGUCAGACUUUUGUAAUGUGAUAUAUUCAGGUUUGAAAAGUAGCAGUCGCCUGUGGCAACCUUUAUUGGCUAAGGGCGACUAAGAAUUUUACAAAGAUAGUCCGUUGGGUGACCAUCGAUUUUAGAGUCUGGCGAAUAUGGUGCCUGUUAAAAAAAGAAAUGCACUUAAACUGAAUCGUUUGUACCAAAACACAUUGCGUCUCAUCUUCAUAAAUCAAGGCUAAUAUUCGUUUCUCGUAUUCAGCCUUGAUACAUGUAGUCAAGAUUACUGAUAUCCACUACUAGCGCCCUCUAUUGGAAGAAAAUUUGUAACACCGAUUA